CCGCUCUCAGGUUUCUCUCUGCUACAAGUGUAGGAAAUGAAAUAAAUCACUGGGUAAUGUCGGUUUAUUGGUGUGUCAAUCAACCAACAUAUACGAAAUACUAAUUGCUGACUUAGUACUUUGCAUAUAUUAGUACUUUGUAUAUAUCGGCGACUUGUGCCAAAAAAUUUGAGACACGUCAAAUAUUGAGGAAGUAUCGUAGUUGUGCUCGCUGGCGAUACGGGGCGCUCGUUGUACCUUCAAUCGGAGCGCGUCCCGCUUGUAUUCUAGUCGGUACUCGGUGUCUGGCAAGGUUGGUCGCGGGUGGUCUGCGGAGCGGUUGAGGAGCGCGGAGGGAUCGAGAGAAUCCAGCUGGAUAUCGCGAGCGCGAGAAAUCGGCGGCGAGUUGGAGCCGGGAGCUGAGUUUUGACAGCGCGCGCGCGCGCGCGAACGUAGACGUCAUGGACGAUAGACGAAACAAUCGCGAGGUGAUAACAGUGCUGUUCCUGUGUCUGCUAUGGUACGCGGUGUCCAGCAGCAGCAACGUCGUCGGCAAGAUGUUGCUGUCGGACUUUCCGUAUCCGCUCACCGUGACUAUGGUCCAGUUAACCUCCAUCACCCUCUAUUCCGGCCCGUUCUUCAAUCUAAUGGGCGUCAGGAGGUACUCGUCCAAUAUAACGUGGAGCUACUACCUGCGGCUCAUCGUGCCCUUGGCUCUAGGCAAAUUUCUCGCAAACGUGUUCAGCCACGUCAGCAUCUGGAAAGUCCCCGUCUCCUACGCUCAUACUGUGAAGGCUACAAUGCCCCUCUUCACCGUAAUCCUGUCGAGGAUAAUACUCAGGGAACAACAGACGUGGAAAGUUUACCUGAGUCUGGUGCCGAUAGUGGGUGGAGUAGCGAUCGCCACGCUGACGGAACUUAGUUUCAACAUGAUUGGUCUGGUGAGCGCGUUAGCGUCCACCAUGGCGUUCUCUUUGCAAAACAUCUACUCGAAAAAGGUGCUGCACGACACGGGAAUACAUCACCUACGGCUGCUGCACAUACUCGGCCGUCUGGCUCUGUUCAUGUUUCUACCGAUCUGGCUUGUCUACGAUUUACGCCGGCUGGUGUACGAGCCAGUGACGAAACCGUCCCCCGAGACAAACCAGUACGUGUUGGGACUGUUGUUCUUGGACGGUAUACUCAACUGGUUCCAGAACAUUAUCGCCUUUUCCGUGCUAUCAAUCGUGAUGCCUCUAACGUACGCGGUAGCCAGCGCGAGUAAACGCAUAUUCGUCAUAGCGAUAACGUUACUUGUACUUGGUAAUCCAGUUACGUGGCUGAAUAUAUUUGGAAUGACCAUGGCCAUAUUAGGUGUAUUAUGUUACAAUAAGGCCAAGUACGACCAGAGAGUGGAGAAGCAGAAGGAGACGAUUCUUCCCAAGUAUUAUAGUCCGACUCAAAACGGUAACAGUGGUUCCUUUAUGAUGAAUGGAUCUGCCGGCAGGCCACAUCAAUCAUUCGCAGUCUAGUCUCUGUUGAUAGAAAUUUACUUUAUUCUGACAAGCCGAGUCGUGAGUUUUCUACGUUUUUGACGCGAAUAUCGGGGAUCGGAACGUGUCUCGUCCGCGCCUCGGGUGACAUGUAUCAUGAUGAUUACAUGUAAUCGGUCAAAUACUUAGAAAGAACUCACACUGACGAGCUGUUUAUAAAUUUAUUUCUGUGUAUGUGUGUACAUACGUACAUCUUGCGUAAUUUAAUUUGCAUAAAUGCUAUGCGUUUCUUGUUGAUAAUAUUCUGUACUUUUGCAACCGUUGCGAUGAGUUUGGUGUUGUAUAUGGAUUUCUCGUUUCUCGACUGCAAGACCGGACCUAUCGAUAAUCGGGUAACGAGUGUUUAUGCAAAUUAGAAUAUUGGUUCAUUAGCUGAUUGCUGGUUCAAUUAGCAUUGCCGUACUACAUCCGACUACCUUCCUCAAAAUUGCUCUCGUUAUUAAAGAGAGCAGCAGGUUGCAACAUUCAGUUGGACAUAAAUCCGAAAUGGUUUCGUACGUCGGACGUAUUAUUUAUUGACAUAUUAUUAUAUCGACUGUGUCGCAGGCUACAGGCUCAACGUUGUUCCGAUUUUAUUGAUUCUUCCUUAAAUUACUAGCUCAUUAUGCGACGAAGAAAUUUAAACGUGUCUUCAAGUGCCGAUGUCGCAUAGGCGCGAAUUGUACGUGAGGAAUAAAUGCGUGCGUACAUGCGUGGAUGCAUGCGUGAAUGGAUUUGUAUAUGAUUGUAAAAGUAGAUAUUAUAGCUAAGAAAACCACAAUCUAUACAUUUAUUUUUAUAAAUAAAAUACACAUGUGUACAAAAA